GCCCGUCAAAAUGUCAAUAAUGCGUGCGCUCUGCUGGCAGUUCGAACGGAAGCUGCCCCACCAGAUGGCACGGAUGGCAAUGUUGCGCCGUGAGACCCAUCACGAUGGCACACGCUUGAUGAGCGGCGAUCGCGAGAUCGUUGGCUACGGCGUGAACGGAAGUCCCAUCUACGUCGAUUGUGUGGAGUUCCCGUUUCCGGCGAUUCGCUAUCGCGAGGUCACAGCCGAUCUGUGUGCGGUGCGCGAAAAGGAGCUGGGCGACUGGAAGGCGUUGUCGCUGCAGGAGAAGAAGCUGCUGUACCGGCAUAGCUUCUGCCAGACCUAUGCCGAAUUCCAGCAUUUUACGCCCGACUGGAAAUUGGUUAUGGGCGUUGGUUUUUGGUCCCUCGCCAUUGGGCUGCUCAUUUCGGUGUGGUAUAACUUCAAGCUAUAUGAUCCCGUGCCGGAAACGUAUGCAGAGGAGCGACGCCAGGCGCAGCUGCGUCGCAUCAUUCAACUGGAGAUGAACCCCAUUACCGGCUUAUCCUCCAAGUGGUGCUAUCACACCAACAAGUGGAAAUAAGAAGUGAUCCACCAACUGCACACAAAUCAAUU